ACAUUCUGUCUGCCUCCCAUCCCAUGUUUUUUCAACUUGCAUGUGUGGUUUGAAUGUGCAAGCAUUUGUGUGGUGUGUGUUCUGGAGUUUGGGAAUGUGUUCUGUGUUAUUUUUUGUUUGAGCAGGUAUUUGUGAUGAUAGAUCUUGAGAAGAUCUUUCUGACGCAACAAGAAUCGCUUCAAUCGGAGCAAGAACGCGAAAGCUAUGAAGAUUCAAAGUUCAUGAGCUUGCGUUACAAUUGCGGCGGUUACUAAGUGAAGUUGUGGGAUUCUUGAACUUUGAUUGAACUUUUGAGAUUGAGUUAAGUUCUCCUCCUACAGCUUACCCCCUAAUGCGUCGAAAGCCAUAGCGUCGCGAAUACUUCAUUAAUCAACGUGAUUCAAAUUGGGAACGGUAGCUGAGAUUAAGAGCUACAACAUAUCCGAGUUUCGUGACAUUCCAACGGCUAGUUUUUCGUCAACGUCGUUUCUUGUGAAGACGACUUUUCUGUCCAGAAUUUCGGAUUUAUAUUUUGAGUAAUUCUAGUUCCUAAGUUCACCUAGACUCCGUCCUUAAUCCUAACAAAGUGGUAUCAGAGCGAUAUUAAGGACAGUGAGAGGAGUCUACAGAAGUUUGAAGACCCUUCUAGACCCACCAUGGCCUGUGGGUGUGCCUAAGUGGUGUUCUAAAGGUUGGAUGUGUCUUCCGCUAAGGGGAAACUCUGCCGAAAUUUCGUGGACGCCGACACUUGUGAAAAUAUCGAGGGAGCUGAGUGUGGACAGCAAAGGGGAGCUGAAAUUCGUCAUUUCUCAAGGAGAAGAUGAAUGAGAGAGGAGGAGAUGCUAAUGGAAGAGGAGCUGUACCUGAGAAGCCAAGUGAGCCGCCGCCAUCAAAAGUUGAAGCUUUGGAUGGCUCCAACUAUGAGGAAUGGAGCGGGCAGACGAGGAGUGCCUUCAAACGCUACAAGCUCCUGAAGAUUGCUGUUGGGGAAGAGAAGAUGCCGGAAGAAGGCGAAGCACGCGAACGGUGGAUUGAGAAAAGCGCGGUGCUUUUCGACCUCAUUCUUCAAUCGGUCAACAAGGAGAUGUUCGAGCACAUCAAGGAUCUUGUGGAAGCGGAUGAUUCGGGUCCAAGGGCGUGGAAACUACUACGUGAUGUGAUUCAGCCCAACACUCUCCCAAUGGUGAUCGUGCUCGAGAAGGAACUUGCUGCCAUCUCCAUGCGACCAGGGGAUGAUGUGAAGCCGGUCCUUGACAAGAUCAAGGACACCUAUGCAAGGAUGGCAGCAGCGGGCAGCAGUGUAUCUCAGCUGCAGCAGUGCACCAAGAUCAUCUCGGUGUUGGACAACUCUUGGGACAACCUCAUCCCCACCCUCAACUCUCAGCAAGAUCAAUGGACACCUGAGUGGCUAAGGCAGCAGAUUCUGCAGGAGGACUUCCGCAGACGCCAUGUGGGAGGCGGUGCUGCCACUAAGACUGCUGAGGGGUAUGGAGCUGCAGGGCGCGGCAGAGGAAGAGGGGGUUGGAGAGGCCGAGGCCGUGGGAGGAGCUUUGGCAGAGGUAGAGGCCGAGGUGACUAUAAUGAGGGGCAUGGAAGCUCCAGUGGCAGGGGGAGUACCAGAAUGGAGGGCACCUGCUGGUACUGCAAGAAGAUAGGGCAUCCUUGGUUCAAGUGCUUCAGCAGGCCGGAGGGAUGGGCACCUCCAGGCAUGAAGCCGCCCAGUGGUGAACGCGCACAAGGUGGCGCUGUGCAAGGCUCAGGUGCACAAGGCUCAGGUGCACAAGGUGAAGGUGCACAAGGUAACGCCUAUCCUGGGAUGUAUCUCAUGGUUGAGGAUGUGCAUGGGCAUGAGGGUCAUGUGGGAUCUGUCGGAAAGGUUGUGAUGCACCCUCUCACGCACUGGGUGAUUGAUUCAGGUUGCACCAGUCACAUGACCCCACGGGCAGAUUUGCUUGAUGAGGUAAAACCCCCCGGGAAGAUUAAGUAUGUGGCAGCAGCAUCAGGUGCUUUGCUCCCUGUGAUUGGUGUUGGGAAUGCCAAGGUUAAGGGAGCUAAUAGGGAGCUUGUGGGGCUUGGGAAUGUUCUGCUGGUUAAAGGCUUGUCUGCUAACCUUCUCUCUGUGCGGCGACUGCAGAAGAGUAAGGCCGAAGUGACCUUUGGACCAACCAGCUGCCGUGCUAAGCUUGGGAAGAAGGUGCUGUGGAGUCUGGAAGAGGAGACCAGCUGCAUCAAGGACCUGUGGCAGCUGCCCAUCAUCCCUUGGAAUGGGACGACUCCAACAGCAGCAACGGCAGCAGCGGCAAAGGCAACAGCAGGAGGAGAUGCAACUGCACCAACUGAUGGGGUCCUGGAAGCAGUCAAGAAAGUGCAGAAGCAGCAGACACAUGGUGAGGUGCUUGCUGGUGUGGAUGCGAGUGCGGCAUGGGCUAAGGCUUCAUCAAGGAGUGGAGAGGCCGAUUGGGAGACAUGGCAUGAGAGGUUGUGUCAUGUGAACUUCCCUAUGCUGCAGAAGUUGGUGAAGAAUGGGAGCCUGAAGGGCUUGGAGGUGAAAGGGGAAGUGAAGGAGAUUGGGAGCUGCCCUACAUGCUUGGAGACCAAGUUCUCCAAGUUCCCCUUCAACAGUGCAACAGGACCAGCCAAGACCCCACUUGCACUUGUGCACAUGGAUGUGGUGGGGCCCACCAGAGCCCCUUCCCUCUCAGGCAGCCGCUAUUUCUUGACAAUUGUGGAUGACCACACUCGGGCAGUGUGGGUUUACCCUUUGAAGAGCAAGGGGGAGGUGGCAGCGGCUGUCCUUAAGGAGUGGAUGCCUAGAGCUCAGAGGGAAUGCGGACACAAGGUGAAGGUGAUCAGCAGUGACAAUGGUGGGGAGUUCAUUGGAGCUGAUUUUGAGGGGGAGUUGAAGAGGAAGGGGAUCCAGCAUCAACUAACAGUGCCCUACAAUCCGCAGCAGAAUGGCGUGGCUGAGAGGUUCAACAGGACCCUGCAGGAGGGGGCACGCACUCUCCUUGGGCGUGCAGGGCUGCCUGAUCCGUUUUGGGUGUCUGCACUGAGGCAGGUCGCCCUUGUGAAGAAUAAGGUGCUGGCUACAGUUGGGGAUAAGGAGUGGAUCCCAUAUACCAAGUGGUAUGGGAGUGCUCCAGCUGUGAAUAUGCUGAGGGCAUUUGGGUGCAUGGUAGUGUUUCAUGUGCCUAAGGAGAAAAGAGGGAAGUUUGAGGCUUCUGGAAGAUGGGGUGUGCACUUGGGGAUUGCAAAGGAUCACAAGGGAUGGCUGCUAUGGGACUUGACCACCCAGAAGCUGACAGUGUCAAGGGAUGUGAAGUUUCUUGAGUCCCUGUACUAUAAGGAAUGGAAGCAGCAGCAACAGAAGCUUCCAUCUACACCACUCAUUGUGGAGGCAGAUGAGUUGCAGCAGCCUUCAAGGCAGGUGGAGGUUGCAGUGUCUGAGGAGGAGAUGUCUGGGGUGACUGAAGAAGGGGGAGCAGCUGAAGUGGAGCAGCAGCAGCAACAUGAGUCUCCACCUCGAGUUCCACACCCGCCUGAGCGACCUAGGAGGGAUGUGCGCCCUCCUGUGAGGCUGACCUAUGGGGGAAGAGGCAAGCCAAAUGUGGUGCAGGCUGGGAGUGUGGUUGAGCAGAUUGAGGAAGAUGAGAUCGCUCACUGCUACUGGGCACCAAUCCCUGAGCCCAAGACUCGAGAGGAGGCCUUGAAUGGACCAAAUGGGGAGAAGUGGAAGGCGAGUGAGGAUGAGGAGUUCGGGUCCCUGAUUGAAAACGAGACAUGGGACCUGUGUGACUUGCCUCCUGGGAAGAAGGCAAUCACUUCCAAGAUGAUCUACAGGCACAAGUAUGGACCUGAAGGGGAGCUGACCCGCUACAAGUCUAGGCUUGUGGCAAGGGGGUUUUAGCAGACAAAAGGGAAGAACUAUGAUGAGGUGUUUGCUCCUGUGGGGAAAGGAACAACACUGAGGGUGCUGUUAGCGAUAGCUGCACUCCUGGGAUGGAAGAUACGGCAGAUGGACAUUGUGACUGCCUUUCUGAAUGGGAUCAUUCUGGAGGAGGUGUACAUGAAGCAGCCAGAGGGGCUGGAUGAUGGGAGCGGCAGGGUCUGCAGGCUGAA